CCCCCGGCUCCCGGUGCCCGCGGCGAGCAUGGAGCCGCUGCCGGUGCUGGCCGCCGCCUGCCUCCUCUUCACCGUGGGCAUGUUCUGCAGCGGCCUGUCUGACCUGCGCUGGAUGAUCACCGCCAAGAGCGUGGAGAACAUCCAGCUCCUGCCCUUCCUCACCACUGAUGCCAAGUACACAGGAGUCAAGCUCAACCUGGGCUGGCUGGGUUACGGGUGCCUGAAGCAGGACCGGACGCUGAUCGUCGUCAACAGCAUUGGGGCGGCUCUGCAAAGCCUCUACAUCCUGGUGUACUUCUACUACAGCACCACAAAGCGCGAGGUGGUGCUGAAGGUCCUGGGGCUCCUGGCCCUGCUGGCCGUGGGCUAUGGCUGCUUCACCUGCCUGACCCCCGACGAGCACACACAGCAGAGCUACCUGGGGCUCUUCUGCAGCACCUUCACCAUCGCCAUGUACGUCUCGCCGCUGGCCGACCUGGCCAAGGUGAUCCGGAGCAGGUCGACGCGCUGCUUGUCCUUCCCCCUGACCGUCACCACCUUCCUGGCCUCCAGCAGCUGGACGCUGUACGGGCUGCAGCUCUCCGACCUGUACAUCACGGUCCCCAACGUGCCGGGCAUCGUCACCAGCGUCGUGCGGCUCUGGCUGUUCUGGCGCUAUGCCCCAGGCCGGGACAAGCCCUACAGACCCCUGCACGCCUGAGGGGGUCCUGCCGAUGCCGGAGCCCCGGAGCCAGGCCGGUCUCAGACACUUGGUGACCAAGGAAGGCCCCCCCAGCUCACCAUUCUGCUUCUGCUGCCGCAGCGUGGCCAGCUCCCGCUGGGUGACACCAGGGUGUCCCCAUCGACCGAGGGCUCCCAGCAGGACUGGGGCCCUGGGGGGGCGCCUCCGGCCCUCGCCACCGUGGUUUGCCCUCUGGCAGCUCCUCUCCGUUGUCCCUCGAGCCGGUUUUCCUGCGGUGGUGGUUGGUUUGUUCGCAGCGAUGCCUUCGGGGUGGCGGGCUGCCCCAGCCCCCGUCCCCGCGAUGUUCUUCCAGGCCCUGCCCCAGCCCCAGGGCAGCCCAAUUUUGUACAAAUCGAAGUGCCUUUUAAUAAAUCGCAGACUCUUCCCAGC